GUUUUUUCAACUUAAAUCACCUUACCAGAUUUUUCUCUUUCUUCCAGAUUCGUACACUGGGAAUGUUGAGAUCUCGAUUUGAAUCACUGCCAGGUGCUUUUAAUAAUUACUUGAUUCCUGUGGAGAAGAAUGAGCAGACUAAGAAAAAGGGAAUACUAAAAGCCACUUUCUCCCGCAAGUUUGAUAAGAGUGCGUCUAGCAAAGAGAAAGAGGCAGCAAAGUUUGCACAGAUGUGGAACGAAAUAAUCAGCAGUUUCAGAGAGGAGGAUCUGAUAAGUGAUAGGGAAAAGAACUUGUUGCUUGUCCCAUAUGGGGCUGACCCAGAUUUAGUAGACCUCAUCCAGUGGCCUCCUUUUCUGCUUGCUAGCAAGAUCCCAAUAGCACUGGACAUGGCAAAAGACAGCAAAGAUAAAGAUCGUGAGCUGAAAAAGAGAAUGAGUACAGACAAUUAUAUGCGCUGUGCUAUUCGCGAGUGCUAUCUUUCAUUUAAAAGUAUUAUUAAUUUGUUGGUCCUUGGAGAGCGUGAAAAGAAGGUUAUAAAUGAUAUCUUCACCAUAGUUGAUGCGCAUAUUGCUGAGGGAAAUCUGACAACAGAGUUCAAUAUGAGUGCUCUCCCAAGCCUCCAUGAGCAAUUUGUUCAGUUGAUUGACUAUCUGCUGAAAAACAAAAAGGAGGACAAGGACCAGGUCGUAAUUGUCUUGCUUAACAUGUUAGAGGUUGUGACAAGGGACAUAAUGGAGGAUGAAAUUCCCACCUUGCUAGAUUCAAGCCAUGGGGGAACUUAUGGGAAAGAUGAGGGAAUGACACCCCUUGAUCAACGGGAUACAUAUUUCGGUGAACUGAAUUUCCCAGUGCCAGUGACCCCAAAAACAGAAGCUUGGAAAGAAAAGAUCAGAAGGCUUCAUCUAUUGCUUACGGAGAAG